GUCCCACUCAAACCUUCAUGAAUACCGACCUAUAGCUUCACUCAAUUAUACGCUUUCGGGUGACUGACGACGAACAUGACGAACUGGGACCCAGUUGCGACUAAAGUCUUAUUACGAUCAACAUCGCAGCGUCUUGGUCAAAUUCAAGAGAGGAUAGACUCUCAAGGGCAAAUCACACGACGUGACAUUGCAACGCUAUUGCAACAGAAUAAUACUGCUCUUGCACGCGCCAAGGCACAGAAUCUCAUACAAGAUGAUGCAAAAGGCGACUUAUUGGAGAUGGUGGAAAUGCACGUCAGCAUGAUCAUCGAGUAUCUUGGCGAGUUGGACGAAGGGCGUUCACCGAGCCCCAUCCUUACAGAGGCUGCAGCCUCCAUCAUAGCUGCAGCUCCCAAUGUUAAUAUUAAAGAACUCAAUGUUGUUAGGGAUAUGUUAAUUCAACGCAUGCACCAUCAUUUUUUUAGUUCACCCAAUAGCCUUGAAAACCACGUACCUUUACGUGUCAUGCAAUUACUACACCCAUCAACCCCUUCUGCAUCCCAGAUAAAUAACUGUCUGACAAAUGUAUCAAAGGUGUAUCAUGUAAACUGGGCUGCAGACCCUCCCCGGCAGGAUAUCUUGAAUUUGAUCUCAGAAAUUUUGGAUCCGCAAGGUUCACCCAUUGUUGACCUACCUCGUCUGCGGAGGCUGUGUUCGCAAGGGUUACCCGAUGAACCUCCAUGGCUUAGGCCUAGGAUAUGGAAGCUUUUACUGGGCACUGUUCCGGUCUUGAAGUCAACAUGGCAAAAAGAAAAUCGGAAACAACGCGACAGCUACUAUGAUCUCGUUCGCCGUUUGUUAUCACCAUUUUAUGACAUGCCAGCACCCACGAAGCCGCUGAGCAACACGGAUACGACGUUAAUGAAAAUAUCUGAGUCUCUAUUUCGUCUUCCCCCCGAACUCUUCGACACGCUUGAUAUAAGCACAAAUUGCCCAACUCUGUCUCCGUUAGAUGAAAAUGCUGAUGAGACAGAAAGGAUUGGGUGUGCUCAUCUUCUUGACGCGCGACUGCAGGUCCUCCACGGACAAAUUUCCGCAUCGAACCCCACAGGUAUUCCCGAAAUUCGCCUCGAGCCUGACAUUGGCACACUCGAACUGUCACAAUUGCCGAGCAUGGAUUCCUCUGGACCAGGGGUAUCCACCACAUUAUUACAUGCUGGACCGUUCGGUGGUUCCAGCGCACAUCCACAGCACAUCUCAGCCCUCCUCCGUCUGCUGUAUCUGCAUUCAUGUAUAAAUCCAGCAAACCAAUCUCCAGACAUUCCUUCCUUACUUGUACCGUUGUACGCUGUUCUUAUCAGGGAGGUGGAACCGGAAGAUUUAGCCCACGCUGAAGCAGAUACAUUCUGGUUAUUCGAAGCUCUCGUUGGGGAGUUUUCUGAACUGGCAGAUCAGGAAGGUGGUAAAGUCUGGAUGAAGAAAUUCAGCGAUCGAUUAGCACAAGCUGACGGAGAACUUGCUGCGAGCCUGCACACCAAAGGCUUGGAUCCUAUGCUUCCACAUUACUCCUAUCGUUGGCUUGCACCUCUCUUGUCGCAAACGCUUCCUCUUACCUCCCUCCUGCCUGUAUGGGACGUGCUUUUUUCCUACCCAAUGAGAACUCGAGAUGAGAACCAUAAACUCGAUGCACUCGUUGAUAUCUGCACAAGUCUUCUGAUCCGUGCGCGCGCGCCGCUUUUUAGACUUGCAAAGCCUGGAGGUAAGUCUCCGGGACUGUGGGCUGAAGAGCAUGCUACUAUUCGUCCUUCUUCUCCGCUUCGACCAUGGGAGCUCAGCGACGCUUUCCUCGAGGGCAUUUCUCUUUUGCAAUCCUAUCCAAUUGAUGCAGCUGGUGGUAUCGACCGAGUCUUGCAAACCGCACACGAUUUGGCUCAAAGGCGCAUCGAAGAAAACAGACUUUUGAAGUCAGAUAAUGUCACCCUCGGUGCUCGGAUUAAAGCCACGAUGUGGAAGGGGUUUACAAACCAAGUUGCUGAUGCUGAUGGGGAGGAGGAGGAAGAAGAGGAAGAAGAAGACUCGAGUUCGGAUGAAGAGAGCUCCCACGAAGACGGCAAUGAGACAGAGACUCCGGCUGCUCCAACCCUGACUUCGCGUCUCGCCAAUACGGUUUGGAGAGGGAUCACCAAUCAAAGCUCUAUGGAAGAUCCACCAUCUCCACCAUCUCCAACUUCCCCGCUACAACCACAAUCACCACUGCUCCCUCAUUCCCCUCAGAGUCCCCCAGAGCAAAUCACUUCAAACCCAUCUCUAAGCCCACCGCCUGCAAGUAUCUGGGGUUAUGCUGGAAAACUCAAAGACUCUGAUACCGUUGCGGCUUUUACGAAAGUAAGCACAAAUUGGCGUGCCCGAGCGAUGGAUGCAUGGAACAAUCGACGCAAUAGCGUGACAUCGAACGGAGAUGCAUCGUCACCGGUGAUCGCGAAAUCUGAGUUACCACCCUCAGUUCCGGACAAGUGGUCACCACUGAGAGAUGGUAUUAGUCAUUCUGGAGAUAGGAGUAGAGGGGGCUCGCUUUCUGGUAGCAGUCGAGGGGCUACUUUUGAAGAACCCCCUCGCCCAACAUUCUUUCGAUCGCCACGAGACAGCUUUUUGCCACUGCCGCGCAGAGGAGGAACUUACACUGCCCCACCGAGCCCGGAAGUCCAGCCUCAGCAGGAAGAUAACUUCAUACACAAGGCGCAGGCCUCUCUGGCAUCCUUGGCUGCUUUGAACUCCCUGACCGCAACCUCACGUACAUCAGCCCCGCAACAACCUCCCAGGGGUCCACCACGUCCUCUUCUUCUCAAUUCAAGCUCUUUGAUUACCGCCAAACCUCCGUUGGCCGCGCACUCGGAUGACGGGAUGCCAAUCAAACGGCGUGGCGAGUGGAUGGAUGUUGCGCGCAGUAAAGGACACGGACUGCGCACUGACUCGGUGUCUUCGAUUUCAUCGCAGUCGCCUUCUGAUGCCCUCAGCGGACUGCACUCGAGACCAAGCGUCGGCUCCAGAUCUGACAUCGAAUCCGAGGGCAGAAGUCGGAAGGUGGCACUAAACCGCAAGUCAAUAUCGCCAAUGGCGCCCGCGUCUCGUGCGCUACGAACUCCUUGGACAACUUCUCCUUUAAGCGCGUCUGAUGCAACGACGUGUGAUCCAUCCACUCGAACCUAUACUAGGUCCGCCGCUGAAGAUAGCUCGUCGGACAGGGGCUGGUGUGCAUAUGCUGCUGCCGAUUCACCCACAACGGUGUCAUCUCCGCCCAUUCCUCCGACGCCUAUCACCGCAAUUCAUGUCGAAGCAGGGAAGGUACGGGUGAAUGAUGAAAGUCGGGAGAGCUCCUUUAGCGAAGAUAGUGUACCUCUGAGGCCACCUACACCAAGCAAGAUUUCACUACGAAAAAAGACACCACCACCUCUACGACAAGAUAUGGACAAUUCUGAUUCGCAGGACUGGACACCCUCUAGGAAUCCCCAUAUGCGCUCGAAGCGUCACCUUCCAAAACUACCCAGCCUGCGAACUCGUGACACCAACCUUCGGCCUAGUCCUUCUGUGGCUGAGCACAAGAACGUGAGCCCAAACUCGCUCGCCCCUCCAGAGUGGCCCGAUGAGCAAGAGAUAGCCAUGACACCUCGUGCUCCUGAAUUUGGUUCCAAGGACCCCACAUCAACAUCCCCAAACUGUUCGUCGCAUUCUCCACGUCCUAGGCGGAAGACAUCCGGAGAUACAGUGGGGCGUUCACGGAAAAUUUCGGGAGAAUCGGUUGUUCGGCUUAGUAGAUCUUCCUUCUACGAGGCGCGGGAAGCUAGAGAUAGCGCUGCAGAAGAAGGGGACGACGAAGGCUACGAUGACAUUCUGAGCGCAUAUGAGAGCGAGGAAGGGAGUAGGGAGUAGAUGUUCUCAUGACUGUUCCUGCUGGUGGUACCAGCUAAUGCGAUAAACUAUGAAAAACAGACCCAGAACACUGCGUGAGUGAAAAUUUUGGUUUUACUCGAGAAAUAGAUGGUAUAUU